UUGUUAUACUUAUGUAGCGUGUUACCUUUCGCCUACCACCCAAUAUCCGAUUCUGGAUGAACGGUGUCGGUGAAUAACUUCCUCAGUAAGGUUUCGCCAAAUCAACGUUUUUCUCACUUUUGACACCUCUGUGGAUGUGUACAACUUCAGAUAGGACAGAGACGCUAUAAGAGCCCACAGGAGUGGAAAAUACGCGCACACGAGAGAAUGAGAUGCUAUCUCUUCAAUUAAAGGCCACCCGCCACCCAGAAGAGGAAUAAGAGCGUACAACGACACGGAGUAUAUCCGCCUAAUGCUGCUUGGUGGCUGUUGCUCUCUCGUCUGUAUCCUGAAUUGGCAAAUCUCAGCUUUUCGCAGCAUCAAUUUUCAGUUGAGUUUGUACAGUCACGGAGAUUACACGGGAACCUCGCCCAAGGAUCUCUGUAUGCUACACAAAGGAUCAUAAAGCACAUUUAAUGGAGCCUGCCUUCUUUUGCAAUUACCUCGUGCAGGAACUGCAAAUUUGUCUUUAAAAAUUCGGGUGUUGUCCUUUUGGAAUCGGUAACCGUCGAUCGGGUCGAAUUGUUUCCGGUGAGUUCGGAUAGGUGGGUCAAGUGAAGUGAAUGAAACGUGAAAAGUGAUUUUUCUGCUUUCUAUUCAGUUGUUCGGAAUCCAGCAGUCGCAUACCGUUAGUGAAAAUGCCCAAAGAAUAACUCGAUACUGGAUAGAAAAUUGGCACGAAAUACUCAUCGGAACGUUUGGAUUUAUUCGAUAGUGGUUCCGAAUUCUAGAAAAAGCCGUUCCGCGAGUGUGAGUGUGUGUAUAUUUCCUUUCAGGCAUUUGGUAUAACAACAAUGAUCUAAGCCGAGAUUGGAUUCGUAUAGCUGGACGAUAGUACCCGUUAUACCCUAACAAAGGGUUUCGUCCAAAGAUUAGACAUCCAACCGAACCAAGCAGUGCUCAAUCGAACUCAUCACAACAGCAGCGUCGCCUCAGCCAGCAGCUUCAACAGCAGCAACAACAACAACCAUCACAUUCACUGCAACAACCCGUGCAGUCAACUUCCGCUUCAUCCUCAUCCUCGCAUUCCAACAACGCAUCAGCAGCAGCUCGCUUUUCCUCCGACAGCAGUACAAAGGUUAUGGGCAAAAACGAAAUGAAGCGCGGAAUAUCUCAGAGAUCGUCGGAUGCCGGAGACAAUCAAUCACAUCGGUUCUUCGCCGGCACGGAACGAAACACCAUCUCAAGGAAUUGUAACCUGUGGCUCCUAUCGUACAUCGUCAUGCUCCACAUACCGACAACAGCCUCGAGUAUCAAUUGUUUCCGAUGCUUUGCCGCUGUCGAUUCCCACAACGCCGUUAACCAUCCAUAUGAGCUGCAAAUAAGCAUGUUCUCCAUAGAGUCCCACAGGAAUGAUACUAUCAAGGAAACAUUCCAAAUAUCGUACGCCGAUGAGACCAGAAAGCAAACAUGCGUUUGGGGUCUGGACCUACUGGAUGAGAGUUUUAGUAGUUACUUCAAUAGCUCAACCAACGUGACCAAUAUCGUCGUCAAUCAUAUCGCAAAUGCCUUGGUAAACUAUUUACGAAUCCACUGUUCAACACCGGAUGAUAAUCAAUCUUGGACUGAUUCAAUCAAGUUUAGUUGUGUAGAUAGGUUCAUUCUAUAUCGACUGUGUGAAAUCCAAAAAGAAGUGGAAACGUCCCACCUGCAAGAAGUGAUGAGCGCGCGUAUGAAACGUGAGCUUCGCCCGAAAAGAUGUAGUCUGAAUAACUUACUUUCCACGAAUCGGAAAAUAUACGAAUUCGGACUGGAGAACGAGGGGCUCACAUCCCACUCACAGACAAUACUGAGCACCAUCUAUCUGGUAACGGACGUAAUCACGGAGUUUUAUAAUCGAAAGUUGGCUCACUCUCGCAAAAGCUACUACCGGUCCGACUUGAGACGUGACGCCGACGACACGGUGGUACAGAAGAUCAGCUCAUCCAUUGAGAUAGUGCUGCUGCAGACUAUCAAGUAUCACAUACUCCACAAGUUGGGCCUGAGGGAAAGACCAAAUGUUACGCGGAUUGCCAAGAAUGAGUACGUGUUUGAGGCGAUAGACCGCGUGUAUGGUAACAAGAUAAAUAUUGGCAACACAUAUGCUGGGAAGCACUACUACAGCAAAUAUUUGCAAGCGAAUCUAUCAAAAGAUUUCUCGAAUUCCUUCGUCGACACGUUCUUCGAGGCAACCGACAUUGGCCCCGGCUCCGGCUCCGGCAGCGGGAGCCUGGAAAAGCAAUAUAAUUUGUAUCCAAAGAAGAUGAAGUACAAACAACCAACGCCAACCGACAACGAGAAGCAGAACCUUUUCGGAGGCACCAAGAUACUGUCAUUUGCGGAAAAAGGUUCGGACAUGAUUUUUUUUUCUUACUUUUAAAUGAUAUCCAUUGUUCUUGUUUCUAUUUUCAUAAGCCAAUGAAUAAUGUGCAUUUGAUAGAUAAAUAAUGGAUCUUUAGAUAGUCGUUUGUAUUGGUCAUAACACUACUUUGCCAUUUGCCAAGGCUAUCAUUGUCUAAAGUUUGAAAACUGUGACUGCCUUUUGUUGCACAUUAUUUAAUCCAAAUCACCAUGCAAUAAUUUUGUAAUGGGUCGGGGGGUGCACAAAGGCUCAAGCAUCCGUCAUCAUUUUCCGGAAAAUAAAAAGCAGUUUUUUCGCUGUAAAUCAAACAUCGACCAUUAAAAUUUUAUUACUGCAUUUUAUGUCUCAUGUGGAGUACAGUGAAUAUAUUGUUAUAGCAAAGACUUUUGUUUUGAACGAAAAACCUGCUUGCAAAUGUUUGAUGAUGACGAUGAUUUCAAUGACGAAUUGUUCAACGCUAAGCAUUUUGCAUGAAAAUCGUCCAUUGCGUAGCCUUUUCUAUCCUGUAUUGUCUCUAACUAGGGUCUUGUACCAUUUGGGCAGGUGUAUCUAUUUUGGGCACUUGCCGCUAUAACUAAGUCAAUUUCAAACCGAUUGAUUUGAAAUUUUGUAUAGAGUUAGGCAAAGGACAAAGGAAUAAACCAAUGAGUAAAUUCACGAGUAAAGGAAUAAACCAAUGAGUAAAUGGGCGAGUCAAGAAUCGCACAAGAAACAACUCAUCCAUGAGGUUUGAGUUUUUACCAACACUGGUUCCGACUAGGUUCUUCCGAAAUUAUAAACAACUGCUUAGGUGGUCAAACUUCAAUGUACCCAAUGCACUCAUAAUAAAAACAUAAUCACUGGUAAGUGUUAUGUUCAAUACAACUGUUAUACUAAAAGAUCCAAUUCAAUAUAUGAAUGCACAAUGUUAAAAUCAUUACUACAAAGGCUUCAUUCUUCGGCUACUACGUCAUGUUUGGUGAUAGAUAUUCUACUUUCAGCAUUUCUUUUUUUUACAGCACUCGAAUACAAAACAACGACCCGACCCGUGCGCAAAAAAAGACGGAAAGGGAAGGGGUUUUACGAAAUUUUGGAAUGACGAAGGGGUGCCUAGAACCUCAGCAAUGGGAGGGGUUUAACCUCCAAAACCCCUUCCUUAGGCACGGGCUUGACAAAAUGGAGGAGAAUCUACUGUAUUCUGUACAUCUCGGAUUUUAACGGCUCAAAAUGAGUUGUUAUCUAACCCGACGAUUCAAAACAUUAAGGGUUUGUAAUUUUCGUUUCAGUGAUACAAAAUAAGCUAUUCUCACGGCGACGGAAGAGCUUAUUUUCAUUAUUUUGCUUGAGAAACACUUUUCCGCUAGAGCUAGAUUGUUUCAAGAGUAGCGAUUAAUGAUAACUGAAAAUCGCUCCAAUCUGCGGAUUGUUUCUUUUCGUUUUUUUUCAUAAUCUUUAUUGGUAUCUCAAUCAAUUUUGACAUUCUUCAACUUAAUCUAGGUGUUCUGUGUAUUGAGACACACUAUCAUCCUAAUUUGGUAAAAUAAAUUUAAGCAAUUAUCAAUACUACUUAAUAACAUAUUACAUUUCAUUUGCUGUAGCAGUUAAGAUUUUUGCAGGCUUUAUUUUUCACCUGCGUGUCAGAAAUACAUUUUUUUUUUAAUUUAUCCUAACCCUAACCUAACUUAAACUAAUUAUACAAAGAACUAAUCGUAGCUAUAGAAGACUGCAACGAUUUUUGACGAAAGUUUGCAAUGAUUUUAGUCGGCAUCUGUUCCAGUGUUUCAAUAUUAGAAAUUUGAUGCAACUCAUUAGUGCUACACCAGGGAGGCAACUUCAGAAUCAUUUUCAAAAUUUUAUUUUGAAUCCUCUGAAGUUGCUUCUUUCUGGUAUUGCAACAGGUCGACCAUAUUGGGACAGCGUACAACAUAGCCGGUCUGAAAAUUUGUUUAUAAAUCAAAAAUAUGUUUUUGCGACAAAGUUUUGAUUUUCUAUUAAUAAGUGAAUAUAAACACCUAAUGUAUUUAUUGCACUUAGUUUGAAUAUUUUCUAUGUGGUUUUUAAAAGUUAAGUUUUUAUCUAGUAAGAGCCCUAGACACUUAACUUCGUCCGACCAAUUUAUUGGAGUGACAACAUGUCUACAUGAGGGUUUCAAAUAAAGAGCUCUUGGCUGAUGUGGGAAUAUGAUAAGUUGAGUUUUGGAAGCAUUUGGAAAAAUCUUCCAUUUUUGCAAAUAAGAAGAAAAAAUAUCUAAACUUUUUUGCAAUCUACUACAAAUGACACGCAAACUUCGCCCCUUUGCUGAGAUACCUGUGCCAUCUGCAAAUAACGAUUUUUGACAUCCCUGUGGCAAAUCAGGUAAGUCGGAGGUAAAAAGAUUGGUCCCAGUAUUUAUUUUCGUUCUGUUCAAUUUUUACUCACCACAUUCUCACGAAAGUAUUUUCGAAGCAGAUUUACAAAAAAAAUGUGCCCACGACGGGAUUCGAAACUGGAACAUUACUAAAAACAACCGCGAUACGCGCACUCUAUCCACAUCACCACUCCUACCACACAGACGGUGUAAAAAAUAAAAAAAAACACUGCAUAAAACCAAACAUCGUCGGCGUCAUAGGAGUCAAGGAAGGACAACAUGACCGGGUGACGAAGGGCAAACGAAAUUCUCCCUGCUUUGGGAAUGAGUGAAAAAAUAUGUUCGCUCUCCUUUUUGUGCGGGAGUAUUUUCGCUAAAAAAUUGGCAUGAGAGAGAAUUCGGUUUUCGUGAGAAUGAGCGAAAAUUCCGAACACUGUAAACUUUGGAUGAUGUCUUUUCCCUGAAGAAGACACCAGCCAAAGUGUCGAAACGUCAGGUUAGAUAAAAAUUCGUUUUUGUUUAUCAAGAUUGCGUAGCCGUUAAAAUCCUAGUUUUAAAAAUAUAUUUCAAGUAUAAGGAAGAUUAGACUAUUUUGUUUAAUGUAAUUCUAGCUAAAUGUAUAAUUCUAACACUUUAUAUCUCCGGGUUUAAAGCACCAAAGGAAACAAAAUUUUAAAAACUUCGGAAAUGGUUCAUUGAAACCGCAGAUAUAACAGUAUAAACAUAGGUAUCAGACUCUACGAAAAGUUAGAGCAUGCUGAACAUUUAUUUGAAAAGUGAAAAUUUCGCCUGUUCUGAUCAUUCUGUCUAUCCCUGCAAGUUGUAGGCUAAAAAACAAACAUUAAUAUAUUUGCUCGUCAAAAACUCGGUUUGUGGCUACCGCUCGCCAUCCUCGGUGAUGCUCAAUGCUCGCCGGAUCACCGGAUCUUCACUUUAUUCGCCCAUCGUGCUCUCCUCGCUUCACGCCUACUUGUGCCAACCGGAGCGGUAGCGAACACCAACUUUGUAGGGUUGUUGUCCGGAACUCUUACAACGUGCCCUGCCAACCGUACCCUUUCGGCUUUGGCCACCCCUAAAUUCUGAGUUCGCUGUAGAGUGCGGUGAGGGUUUAUCCUGUUCCGCCACACACUGUUCUCCUGCAUACUGCCGAAGAUCGUCCUUAGCACGCGUCGCUUGAGAACUCCGAUUGCUUGCAGGUCUUCCUUGAGCAAGGUCCAUGUCUCGCGUCCAUAGAGCACCACAGGUCUUGAGCUUUUUUACAUGGUACAUUUGUUGCGCGGGUGAAUCUUUUUUGACCGCAUUUUUUUUUCUGGAGUCCAUAGUAAGAACGACUUCUACUGAUGAUACGCUUCAGUAUUUCACGACUUAUAUUGUUAUCAGCCGUCAGUAAGGAUCCAAGGUGAGCUAUUUCUGGCACCACUAUGAAGGUAUCUCCGUCGAGCGUAACGUUACUACCUAGACGGAUCCGGUCGUGUUAGGUUUCGCCUACCAGUACUUUGUUUUUGAGCCAUUCCCAACCAGUCCGACCUUUGCUGCUUCGCGUCUCAAGCGGGUGUACAGCUCUACCACCGUUCCAAAUGUUCUGACGAUAAGGUCCAUGUUGUCCGCAAAGCACACAAAUUGACCGGAUUUUGUGAAAAUCGUUCCCCGGCUGUCGAGCCCGGUUCGUCGCAUCACACCUUCAAGAGCGAUGUUGAAGAGUAGGUAUGAGAGUCCGUCACCUUGUAGCAGUCCCCGACGAGAUCCGAAUGAGCUGGAUAGUUCACCCGAAAGCCUUACGCUGUUUUGCACACCGUUUUUUUUUGCACAUCAUUGCUUUAAUCAGUCUAGUGAGCAUCCCAGGAAAGCCGUUUUCGUCCAUGAUUCUUCAUAGCUUAGCGUGGUCGAUACUAUCGUAUGCCACUUUGAAGUCGAUGAACAGGUGUUGCGUUGGGACCUGGUAUUCACGGCAUAUCUGGAAGAUUUGCCGUACGGUGAAGAUUUGGUCCGUUGUCGACCGACCAUCGAUUAAGCCGGUUUGAUAACUUCUCGCGAACUCACUCGCUUUAGGUGAAAGACGACGGAAGAUGAUCUCAGAUCCUAACUAUCAACCGGACAGAUGGCCAACUUUUAUAAGCCCAUCUUGAAGUGUUCAGCUGCGAUACCAUCCUUAUCAGCUGCUGUGUUGAUUUUGAGCAUCCUUAACUUCCCUCAGCGUGGGAGUUGGUUCAUUUACGUCCUUCGCUGCACUACUGGCAUUGUCGUUUCCUUCGUUACCAUGGUCUCCCGUGCCUACGUUCUCAACACCAUGCAGGUGCUGCUCGAAGUGCUGCAUCCACUUUUCGAUCAUCUCACGUCCGUCUGUCCGGAGGCCUCAAAUUAUGAUAUUUAAACAAAUAGAACCUCCCUUGAACUUGUGCUCCAUGCUGCAAACGGAUCAUUUUAUGAUUUUGUAAAAUUUUAUAAUAUCAAAUCGGUUUGAAAACAUCUAUGCAAAGCAUUCGAUUCAAUCGGGUAAUCGAUUCUGCCUACCCGAUUUGAACCGAUUUACAAAAAUCGAUGUUUCAGAAAAAUCUGCCCGAUGCUAAAUCACAGAUGAAUCCCGUGGUACAAACAUUAUCACGCAUACGGUAGUCAAAAUAUGACUGAUAGUUUCUUCAAUUUGCCAGUGAACGUGUUGAUAUUUCAGAUUGGUGUCCAAAAAGUGUGUAUUGUUAAGAUUAUCUCAGUAAAAAUUGGAUUCUUCUAUCAUAUGAGCGUCUUACCCCCAGUUCACCUACCUAGGCUGAAUUCAACGCAUAGAUAUGCCCCACCCAAGCACUCGAGUUUAAAACGGUACUAAAUAAGAAUGAUUUUUCGAUCCCUUCUGCUCACAAUUUUUAAAUUCUGGUGUGCAAAUGAGUUAUGUUGUUUAUCUUCUUUCGGCUAUAACACUACUUUAAAGUCACCCUGAAUACAGCUCUUACUUAUUCUGUACGGGUCUGUCCAUAAACUACGUAGACUCUUAGAAGGGAGGGGAUGUAUGACCAAAGUCGACGCUCCAUACAAAUUCCGAAUAUGUUGUUUGAACAAAAGUCCAGGAGGAGUUUCUAAAAUAGCCAAAAAUGAGUCUACGUAGUUUAUGGACAGCGCUUAUUCAUGCAUGAUUAGCUACGACUACUGGGUAUGACUUCUCCGGAAAAUAUGACUGGUAUCUUCUUGUCAAAGUAAUGUGCUCCACAUAGAACCAUUCAAAUUCGCCUCCACUUGGCUCAUGCGGCGGAACAAAUACACUGAGUAUUUUAUGCUCUCCUCUGUGGGUGAUAUUCUGCAGAACAGGACAAAACUACAGAAAAAGCACGCCGCACAAUUAAGGUCUGAGUGGCAUCAUUUUGUCACUCUCUUUUACCGUUGUUGUGCGAUGACAUCAAUCCCAUGUCAGCACCUUUACUGUCUGUGAAAAACCAGCAACGACCGACGACGGUUGCGACGGAGUUCACUCCAAUUUUGAGGAAAUGAUCCAUGAAAGCAGCGGAAUUUUUGUGGCGUGCCCAAGUUUAUGGUAGGUGACUCAGACGAUUUUCGUUGAGUCCCAUCUUGCUCACAAGUGAGGCCAAUUUGAAACUAUUUGUGGUGGCAGUAUAAUACUAUACUUGAGCUUUAGAGGUUGUUGAGGUUAAUUUGAGAAUGGGAAUAAACCAUCUUCUGUGGCUGUAUUUUCAAAGUAGCUUACCUGGUGGUUAAUAAUGAGCGAACUUGAGAGAUUUGUAUCUACCUAUUUCUUCGUUGAAUGACAUCGAUUGUCAAUCCAGUUCAAUUCAUUAUUCCUUGUAGCUUCCACAGCUUAAGAAUAUUUAGAAUAUUUCUUUAAUUAAAAAUAUUAACACUUCAAAUCAGCAUAUAAUCCCCAAUUCUUGUCAUUGCUUAUCACUGCAUCCGGAUAACAAGAUGAAAAUAGUGUAAGGAUUACUUCUCUACCAGUGGCGGGUUUGCUUCGGCAGAAGAUUCCAUCAUGCCACCCCAAAAAUAUAGCUCACCUGAUAGAUAGAUUACGGAUGACAUAACGAAACACGUUUCGAGUACCCAUCUAGCAAAGGCGUCGACGUUUAUUGUGGGGCAGACAGACGUGUCUCGUCUUCGCUCAUCUUUCGACGAUUUGGUACGGCCCCGUAAUCCCAAUUAAUUUAUCAAUAAUCCAUUGGAGAAAUAUUUCCCCGAAUUGUUUAUCGCUAAGCUGGAUGAAGUGAGAUGACUGGGUGAGGUGGCGUUGAGAAGGUGCUUUUUCGAAAACAUGGUUUUGUUUGGUCUGGGAGGACCAGGCGGAAAAUAGAAAAUGUAUCUGACAGUUGAAUUUUUCUCUUGAGUAAACUAUCAAUAGUAGAGUUUACAACUUGUGUGAUUAUAUUCUUAUUUCUUUUAUGCAAGGACAAAUGUUGGGUUUCUUAUGAGAUGUUGCCACUCGCUUUACGCUUACCACAACUCAUACCCUUUGGAGUGAAGUGUCGAUAAUAAAGCAAAAAAACAUAGGUUGUUUUUCAACCAACGUACUUUCAUAUUAUUAUGCGAUUAGUUAUACUACUCUCCCGCUCUCAAUCAAGAUCAACUUGUAAAGUGGAGAGCAGCGUCUUACAGGAGACCCGGCUCUGGAUAUACUGUGUAAGAGUAAAGAAACUAGUUAAGUCAAAUAAGUUGAACAUCUAUACUCAGGUAUCAGAAGGCCGGCUCCAUUUGGGACAUUUGUGCCAUCGCCAUAACAUAUAAGCCUAUUUCAUCAUUUACCUGAGGGAGAAUAGGACAAGGGAUGGAAUGGGAUUAGGAAAGAGAAAGGUGAUGAAAUAGGAAGGGGUACCCUAGAAAAGCGAAUGAACGCAUAAGCGCAACGAGAGCUCAUAGCCCAUACCACAACGGGUUUAAUCAGUGCCCUGAAAAGGCCACUGUAAAACGCAUAAGCGUAAAGAGAGUCUAUAGCUCAUUGGAGGUAGCUUGUGACGUCAUGCGACUUUCAAUAUGACAUUGAAAGGCACGGCAUCGAAAGCAUCCUCAAUAUUCAAGAAAUCACCCAAGCAAAACUUACGUUUGAGCGAGUACUUUCUUGAAAACAUAUACAACUUUGUGUGUACACUGUGGACAUCCCAAAUUGGGAGGCAUGUGAGUUCACAUGAAUAGGCAUGUCAGCCAGACGAACAUCACAUAUGUGAUAAUCGACAAUACGUCUCAAGCAUUUAAGAAAGAACGAGGUAACCAGAUAAAUCUGAAACUCAUUCCAUCUUUAUACAACGCACGCACCCUUUCGGGAUAAAACUGUGGAGUAAUUUCACGCCAUGAAAAUACCCCAUAGAAAACUACUAGAGUUCAACACAUGUUGGAAAUACUCAAAUCCCUAUGGAGAAAAAUAGGACAAAACCCCAUUCCCUCCUGGAGAUUUGAAUUAAGCAGAGCUUUUAAGAGCCCACUAAGUCGAUUACAUAUAUAGCUAUAAUUCUCAAGCGGAAACUAGAGAUUUGUAACUAUACAAAAGAAUGGUUUAUCCGAAGAUAUUUUGAACUUGAACAGAUCAGAGUUCCAUUCAGGAAUACCUCUUGCAGUCCACACAGACUGCAACUAUCUUUCAAAGCAACUAUGGUAUACCACAAUGGAGGGCGCUGAAGGAACAAAACCACAAUGAAAUUCUCUUUAAGUAUCAAUGGAAGCGAGUUAUCCACAAAAUGUGGUCGCAACCAAUUAGUACAGAUUCCCUAGUUCGUUGAGCAGGGACGCCUGAAUACGCAGAUUUUGCAAAGGAACACUCAAAAGUGCAAAGAAGGUCAAAUGUAUUCGCCGUUGCAAUACUGCCAAAUAUCAGCGAAAAGAUGCUGAAUACAAGAGCUUGCUUGAAGGCAUCCAUAAGGAAAGGUUGAAACAUACUGUUAACGUUAUUCUGAGGUAUAGAAUGCUCGAGGCACGACACUUUUUUUUUAUCUGUAUUAACGAGUUUUUAGCCCCAGGCUAGUUCAUCUCGGGACCCACGCUUUACUUCCCUUCCGAAGGAAGAACUCACAUGUUUUUUGUGAGUUUGUUGGGAGUGGGAUUCGAUCCCAGGUCCUCGGCGUGAUAGUCAAGUGUUCCAGCCAUCACACCAGGUCCGCUCCGGCACGACACUUCAUUUAUAAUGUAAGAAGCAGAACUGGGUUCACAAGGUAACCUAUACAUAAGUUACCCUACGAAAAUGAGCUUUUUUAAGUAGAGCCACUUGGGCUACGCACGCAUUUUACGCUGAAAAUUGAUCUUAGAUUUCCUAGCCGUAGCCACUACCCAAACUAGACAGGAUUACACACUUCACAAUCACAGCUCAAAAAGGAAACAUCAACGACAAACCAAUCCGGUGUCAAUUGAUAAACGCCAAUGGCGAAAACGCAUUAAGAGAACCCAUAUAGGUAGUAAAGUAAGCCAAUUUACAACAUUUGAGUAAUCCCGCCCUUAUUUAGCAUCAAAUUUGAGAUUUAAGAAGGGCAACUGAUUAUCUCGGAGAAACGCAAGGUCCGCUGCACUAUUGCUCCGGUUAGCGCAGUAAGGGCGUAAUACUGUGGAGAACGCUCUAAUUCUCCACAAGCUGCGUUUGUGGUUAGGUUUUUAUUAGACCCCCCUAAACAUUCAUUCCUUGGCACGGUAAGCAUAAAGCCGCAACUAAAGAAAAAAUGCAAGUGCCGGGGCUGGGAUCGAACCCAUGCCCAUCCGCUCAGCGCAGUGAACCCGGAGCAUAAACCGACCGGAUAAUAACCGCCGCGGGAGUUGUGAUACUGCCAAAAAAGUAACUUUCACGUGAUACGGUUUCACAUGUCUAUAUUCAAUUAUGUACAAGUACGGACUACAUAGUAACAACAAUCAUUCAUA